AUGACAAGCGAUCGCUUGAUGCGUUUAUGGCGCCAGUGCAGUGAAGAAUUCAACCUUACUCCCAUUGCAGCCCAUCCGGCCACGCCUCGAGGAUCUUUAUCACAUGACGACUUUGCUUCUACACAGAUUCGAACUAGAUCCUCUUCACUGUCGCCCAGAUCUGAACUCCGCCCAAUCUCGGAUAGCAGCCACCAGCCGAGCCAGGAUGUCGGAUCUUCGUUACGAGAGUACAGAUUUGCUGCCGCGGGCGACGAGGCACGACAUGGACAAUCCUCAGCCUCAAUCGCGCCAGCAGGCGAACGCGCACUGCCGCCGGCCAUUCACAAUCCGGCCACUCCGUCUCACACGGGUCCUGGCUCGUCUUCGCGACCUUCUCUAGGGAAAACCUCGAGUGCCGGACGAAUAAGACACCCAGGUCAGGUUUCUGCCGGGAAGUCACGAACCAGGCCAAACAUCGGUCGACGAAAAUCGAGCACGACCAAAGCACCAGCAGUUCCCAACCCAGAGUGGUCGCCUGAGGACAUCUCAAUGAGAGCAGGAGAGACUUCGGAAGAUAUCAGUACUGGGGUGCGACCUCGAGGGCCACCGCCAGGCUUCCCUGCUGUUCCAGCAGCCACGAGUGGUCCCGUGUUCGCUCUUCCCUCUGCUUCUUCCUGGCAAAGCGUGGAUUCGACGGCCGAGUAUCCUGGCCCAGUGGCCACCGGUUCCUCGCCUUCUGCUUCAUCCGCAUUGGUUGAUCGGGGGUUCCGAGGAAAGUUCGUCGAGACACAAAAGCAACUAUCCAGCUCGGCGAGUCUGGCGCCUUUGGGACGCAUCAGGAAAACCGGCAGUGUAGUCCGGUUUGCAGAUGAGAUCCCCCAGGACAUCGGUAAAGGCAAAGAGAAGGAAAUGCUGCAUGACGACCGCACAGGCCCGGCCCGACUUCGGUCCAGCCUUGCAAGUGACGCGCUUACUGAUGAAGACGACUCUUCCGAGAAUGAACAUGUUGGACUCUCACGGACGAAGAGCCAGCUGAGUCUGUUGAUCCGGAAGAAACGGGGCGAGACAGGAAGUCAGGACAUCGGGCCCGAAACCAGGUCGCCAAGCUCGGAGGACAGAGGGAAGUCCAGCGAGAAAGGCAAAGGCAAAGACAACGCCCAAUCCAAAGAGGAUGAACUUUUGUCCAUGGGUCAUAGAGGCGGAGUGACCAAGGCUGGUGGAGUGCAGGUUCCUAAGCCGCAACGAUUGAGCGAACGUGAUGACCCCGGGUACAUCUCAUCUUCCAGCCCUGAGCCGUUGUUUUGA